CAGCUCGCUUCUCGUUACGAACCAUAGAGCAAAUCUCUCGACCGAGCAGCCCGACACACUUGGAUUCCACACUGUCAACGUGCUCCUUCAGCAGAUAAAUCUUGUAAACAAUGAUGAUCAAAUGCAUCGCUUUAUUUGCCUUGGUGGCUGCUUCCGCAGCGUAUGUUAUCCCUGAGGAUCAAUACCAACAGUAUUUAAUCGUAGGGCAUUACGAACCGCAACAAUAUGAACCUGUAGAUAUUGAUGAACACGUUAGAUAUAGAAGAUCUUUUGCCCCAGGUGCCCCACAGAUUGGGGGCAGCACGGAAAAUCCUUACCCCUGGAGUGUAGGAGGAAACGUUGAUAGAGUUGGAGCUGACACCAUUGCGAAAAUCAAUGCUGGUCACAGUACCGAUCAAACUCAAGUUACUGGAAGUUGGAGUAAAGUUGUUAGAGGCCCAAAUAAGGCUAAACCGAACUGGAGCGUUGGUGUUCAACACAGAUGGUAGAAUACACAAACAUUUUGUUAUUUA